AAUGCGGAGAUUAUGCAGAAGAGAAUUUUUAGUUUUACUAGCCAUAACACUGAGUUGCAUAUCAGUUGUGGCAGUUGGGGAAGUUGGCGGUAACAAAGAUUCAGCCAAAAGCAAUAAAGAAAAUCAAAAAAAUGCAAAGUUACCUCCAUGUGCAGCCUGCAGAGUUCUUACAGAUUCUUUUAAGAAAGGAAUGGAAUCAACUGCCCGUGGAAAGUUUGAGGGUGGUGACUCUGCGUGGGAAGAAGAAAAAAUGAAAUCAUACAAAAAGUCUGAAGUGCGAUUAAUUGAAAUACAAGAAAAACUGUGUAAAGAUGUUGAAAGAGGGCAGAAACAGUGUGAAGCUAAUGCAGAAGAACACGAACACCUGCUUGAAGACUGGUGGUUCCGUGAACAGGAGAAUGAGCCAGAGUUACAUACAUGGCUGUGCAUCAGUACUCUUCGAGUCUGUUGCCCACCAAACCACUUUGGGCCUCAGUGUUUACCAUGCAAAGGUGGCAUAGAGAACCCAUGUGGAGGUAAUGGAAAGUGUAAGGGUGCAGGAACUAGGAAGGGCAGUGGUGACUGUUCCUGUAAUCCAGGAUAUGGUGGAGAGAUGUGUGACUCUUGUACAUAUGGAUAUUAUCAGGCCUAUAAAGAUGAGAGUAAGAUUCUUUGUGAAAAGUGCAACAAAGCUUGUAAUGGUCCAUGUAGUGGGCCUGGUCAGAAGUCCUGUGUAGCCUGUAAAGAGGGUUGGAUAAUGGACACAGAACAUGGCUGCCUAGAUAUAAAUGAAUGCCUCUUGGAUAAGACACCGUGCAAGAGAAAUCAGUUCUGUGUGAAUAAUGAAGGAUCCUACACAUGUUUAG